AUGACAGACCCGAUUAGAAUAGUUGAAACACUCGCGGUAGAUGGAAGGAGGAGUAGAGGCAAACCGAAAAUGACGUUGGAUGAGCGGAUUAGGCAAGAUUUGCUAGAUUUGCACCUCUUUGAGGACAUGGUCGAGGACAGAACUUCGUGGAGACGUAGGAUUAAGGUUAAAGAGUUUUAUGAGUUUGGCUUAGACGGCCCCAGUUAUCAACCACGUGGCGUAGAACAUGUUUCUCCGAGUUCGGGAAAAAAGACAUACACUCCAAACUCACCACCCUCGAUGACUCCAGUCGAGGGCAUGGUUUUUGACACGGUAGAUGCUGCCUACAUUUUCUACAAAGCAUAUGCACAGGCGGGUGGCUGGACUGUAAGGAAGGGAACGGAGCAUACCAAUCAUGGUGUUACAGUAAAUAAGUAUUUUGUAUGCUCAAAAGAGGGCCAUAAAGUUUUUAAACCUGUUGACACUUUAUCCGAUCAGCCUCCUAAAAGAUGGGUACGUAGGGUACCAUCAAAGAGGACUGGUUGCCAAGCGGAGUUUCGAAUAAAGUUGAACGAUGAUAAGAAGUAUCUGUUAUACUACUUUAGAGAGGCGCACAACCACGCUUUCGUGCAUGAAGAAGAUCUCCACUUUCUCAGGGAAAAUAGAAGCCUCACCCGUUCGCACGAGGAUAUGAUAAAGAAGAUGUCCAACUUGAAUAUUGGACCGGUUCGAGCAUUCAACAUCAUGAAGGAGUUGUGUGGUGGUUUUGAUAAUGUCGGGGCGACCAAAUGUGACUUCAAAAAUUUUAAAAAAGAACUCAAUGUGUUCAUUGGUGAGUUUGAUGCCGAGAUGCUUGUCAAGCGGCUAACUAGGAAAAAAGAGUUUUUACCUAAUUUUACGUGUGAAUACCAAACUACUGAGGAAGGUGUCUUGAAGUGUCUGUUCUGGGCUGAUGAGGACAUGAAAAGAAAUUUUUAUAUGUUCGGUGAUGUUGUGUCCUUUGAUGCCACGUACAAGCGAAACAAGUAUAACAUGAUGUUCGUGCCUUUCACUGGGAUUGACAAUCACAAUCGGAAUGUCACACUUGGUGCUUCUAUUAUUGGUUCCGAAACAACUGAGACAUAUAGUUGGCUACUUAAUGUGUUUAAGGACGCAUUUGGAUAUGCACCACGAGUAAUUGUUACUGACCAAGACCCUGCAAUGAAGAGGGCUAUUGAGGAUGUUUGGCCUGAUUCAAGGCAUCGGUUAUGCAUGUGGCAUAUCAUGGAUAAACUUACCACAAAGGUUGGACCAACUAUUUGUGCAAACACCGAUUUCAGGAAAAGGUUGUCUGCAAUUGUCUGGACGGAUUCUUUAUUGCAUGAAGCCUUUGAGACCGAAUGGGCGGCUGUAUUAAAUGAGUUUAACUUAUCCGACCACGAAUGGCUCGUAUAUAUAUAUGGGAUUCGUCAGUCAUGGAUCCCAGCGUAUUAUCGUGAAGAAGAAAUGUCGGGUCUUAUGCGCACGUCUUCCCGUUCCGAAAGCGAGAACCAUUUCUUUGGUAAGAUUUGCAAUCCCAAGUGUACUUUGGUGGAGUUUCUCAGCCACUUCGACACGGCUGUUGAGGCCCAAAGGCACGAGCACCGUAAGAACGACCACGAUACCCGUUAUACUUCGCCCGAUAUAUGGAAUCCUGAUUUUGUUCUUGAGAAACAAGCAUCCGAGACAUAUACCAGAACGAUUUUUUUUGAUGUUCAAUUGGAAAUUCAACACGGUAUUCACCGGUGUGCUAGCGUCAGAUUAGAGCAUAUUGCUGAUUUUAUCAAGUUUUAUGUCAAGGAUCUAGAUCAGCCAGCAACUGCAUUUUAUGAGGUCAUGAUACGUGAGGAGGACGUUACAGUUAAAUGCAGCUGUAACAGGUUUGAGCAGUUUGGGCUAUUGUGCAGUCAUGUUUUUUGUGUUUUGAGGAUUCUUGAUGUAAGGGAGUUUCCUAGACAAUAUAUUUUGAGGCGGUGGACUCGCGAAGCAGUUCCAAAUAGUUUACCCGGGUCCAUCCUUACUGAUGGGGGCGAUCCAGAUCGGAGCGUUGAGGUCAACCAGUGCAUUCGUGAGAUUAGUAAUGUAACCGAGUAUGUUAUAAAUAAGUUGGUAUCCAAGUUUGACGAGAUGUGUAAUUUUCGUGACCACAUCAAGCAGUUUAUGUCAGUUGCUGAUGAUGCUCAGUUUGACGCCCCUCCUAAGUCAAGACGUAAUAGGUUUGCCGAACUACUUGGUGUUGCUCCUACGGAAACGACGACUAUUCGUGUUCCUAUUGGUACUAGGUUUAAGGGCUGUGGAUCACAUAAACGCAUGAAAUCUAAAAAGGAGCAAGCUAUAAGUCAAGCUGGGAAGAAACGUAGGCGAUGUUCAAAGUGUAAGAAAUUUGGUCACAAUAAUCGCACAUGCGGAAAAUAUAAUGUGAAAGAAAAGGAUGCAAGCACUUCAAAGAAGGCUGAUGUUGGUGUUGAAGACGUAGAAGAUACUGAUGGAGAUGCUGGAACUAGCUCAGAUGAUGGGGAUGAUGUGUUUUACACAUCAGAAACAGCUGAAGAUGCAGAUGACGAACAGAUGCUGGAGUAG